AUGGACUGGGUGUCAUCUUGUGCCACUUACGUUCUUGUGAAUGCAAAGAUCUUCAUCAAUGAAGAGCCUGAGCAAUACAGUCUUAACUCCAAUUUCAAGUCGAAGAAGAUCCUCAUCAAUGUGAAUCAACCUAUCAAGGCCGAAGGUCCUGACCAAACGGAGGUGAUGAAAGCCAUGCAGGAGGAUCGGAAGUAUGCUAUCCAGGCUACCAUCGUCCGGAUCAUGAAGGCCCAGAAGUUGAUGAUGAACCAAUAG